GUUUCCGUCGCGGGAGGGCGGUGGAGCAGCAGCUGGGCGUUCUAGGUGGUCGCGCGGCGCCUGGAACUGUGGGCAUGGGUGACUCGGCGGGACCGCGCGUCUCCCUGCGGCGCUACCCCGAGCUCCCGGUGUGGGUGGUGGAGAAUCAUCAGGAGGUUCUGCCUUCCAUAUAUCGGGCUAUAGGAUCAAAGCAUCUUCCUGCCAGUAAUAUAAGUUUUUUACACUUCGACUCCCAUCCAGACCUCCUAAUUCCUGUGAAUAUGCCAGCAGACACCGUAUUUGACAAGGAAACACUGUUUGGAGAGUUAAGCAUUGAAAAUUGGAUUAUGCCUGCAGUUUAUGCUGGCCACUUUUCUCACGUCAUGUGGCUUCAUCCCACGUGGGCACAACAAAUCAGAGAGGGAAGACACCAUUUUUUUGUAGGCAAAGAUACUUCGACCACGACAAUCAGGGUCACAAGCACAGAUCAUUACUUCCUAAGUGAUGGUCUCUUUGUUCCUGAAGACCAGCUGGAGCACCAAAAACCAUUACAAUUGGAUGUAAUUAUGGUGAAACCUCAUGAACUUUGUGCCAGUCAAGGAGAAGAUGCUGCAGUACCUUCUGCAAAGAAGCCCAAGCUGGCACCGGAAGGUUUGGAAAACACUGCCGCUGUCCACUGUGACUGUCCUUCAGGAGAACUGGAGAAGGACGCGGGGGCACAGAGCACGGGCCAAGCGUGCCAAGAGCCGUCAUCUUUGUGUUUUUGUUCUUUCGAAAGUCAACAGUGUCCAACCACAGCCUGCACUCAGGAGAUUCUGGAAAUUUUGAAGAAAAGCAACGAUGCAUUUGUUUUAGAUAUUGACUUAGAUUUUUUUUCAGUCAAGAAUCCCUUCAAAGAAAUGUUCAGUCAGGAGGAAUACAAAAUCUUACAAGAGCUCUACCAAUUUAAAAAGCCUGCUAGUAACCUAUCUGAGGAAGAUUUGGUAGAUAUCGUUGAUACUCGAAUUCGUCAAUUGGAAGACUUAGAGGCAGCUUUUGCUGAUUUGUGUGAUGGUGAUGAUGAGGAAACCGUACAGAAAUGGGCUUCAAACCCAGGAAUGGAAUCACUAGUUCCACUUGUACAGAGUUUGAAAAAACGGACGGAAGUGCCUGACUAUGAAAUGGCUCACCAAGCUGGUCUAACCUGUGAUUAUUCAGAACUUCCUCAUCAUAUCAGUACAGAACAAGAAAUUGAGUGCCUCAUUCAGUCUGUAUAUUGUUUACUGAGAAAAUUACCAAAACCUACUCUUGUGACAAUUGCAAGGUCAAGUCUGGAUGAUUACUGUCCUUCUGAACAAGUUGACACCAUUCAAGAAAAGGUCCUGAAAGUGCUGCACUCCCUCUAUGGGACUCUGGACACUCACCUGGUGUAUUCAGCAGAGUCUGCCCCAGCCUGAAGCAGACAGAGCACCGGCUUCUACUACAUCUUGCUGUAGUAACCAGAUUUACAUUAACUGAUCUGUAAUUGAGUCUUCCUUUAUGCUAACUUCAGUUGAAAUCACCAAAUACUAUCAGUUAUUGAAUGAUGACUUUUUGUUUUACAUCAGGUCUACUAACUCCAGUUGAUAGAAUUGUUGCUUAACUUUCUACCGUUCUCUUUAUUUUUAUGAGAAUUUUUCCCUUUUCCUUGUAGAUCAGUUGGACUGUGUAAGAUUCAUUCAUGUGUUAUUCAUUCAUCCAACUUGUAUGUAUUAAGUACAUAUGUGUGCCAGACAUCACAUGCGCCAGAUGUAUGGUGAUAAAUAGAAUGGAUAAAGCCCAGCCUCUUGGGGGAGAUCCAUGAGAAAGAAGUUACGGGCAGUGUUAAAGGAAAGGGCAACAAAGAACAAGUCUUGGGGCUGGGGAUUUAGCUCAGCGGCAUAAGCGCCUGCCUUGCAAGCAGGCGGUCGUGAGUUCGAUCCCUGGUACCGAUAAAAAUGAAAAAGACAAAAAAAAAAACAAGAACAAGUCUUAGGCAUACUCAGUACUAAAAGCACCUGGCAUUAUAUAGGAAGGAAUCAUUCCCCAAAGUUACUAUCAAAAACUUCAUCGGUCUAUACAGUGUUAUAAGAAAUCUACCUUUUUUGAGACAGGGUCUCCCUUGAAUUCACUGUGCCCCUCAGGCUGGCCUUGAACUUGAGGCAGUCUUUCUGCCUCCCUCAGCCUCCCAGAGUGCUGGGGUUACAAGCUUGAGCCACCAGGCCCAGCUUUCAGCUGCACUUGUACAGUAUUGAAGAGACCUGGCUAAGUAAAUACAGGUCUUGGUCCCAUUGUUAAGACCAUGUACUGAGCAAAGUGUACUCUGGCAGAAGAGUGACUGGGUGAUUUGGGCUGGUUUGAACCAGUCCUGUGAGUUCAUUGCAGUUUUCUCUGGAGAGCUUUAGCUGAAAGAAACAACUUGAAGGACCAGAGCAGGUUGUUCCCCACUCACAUUACUGCCAACAGGUAUUUAACAGUAUGAGUUCCUGCCUGACACUGUAACAGUGUUGAUUUUGGAAUUUCUUGUUUUCUCCAUUUGCCAAAGCCCUCACCCCAGUAUGCCAUGUAACUACCUAUUAACAUCUCUUCCUUGAUAGUAAAAGUUAACGUGGCAUGUAGGAGAAAGAACCCCCGUCAUCUUAGCGCAGCUUUUCAUGUUGCACACAGCUUUCAGGCCUGCUGCAUGAGCACCUGCAGCAUUGCAUGUAGCGAGAGCAUAGGGUGUGAUACUUGGUGGCUGAUACUCAACUCGAGUACUCGUUGCUGUUGUCACUCACUAGAUGGCACCAGACCCCAUUUUUGAAAUAAUUCAGUUUUUGCUGUGAAUUUUUCUUGUCACCAAGUUGAUUUCGAAAGACUAAUAGUAUGGAUGCUUAAACACUACAUGCCAGAAAGAUUAUGUUCUUAUAAAAUAAGAAUUGCAAAAUUGUGCUAUUUAUUUUUAAAUUUUGAAAAUUCCUGUUGAGUUCUAUAAAUAGGCAUUAUUUUUAUGAGUAAAUUAUUUUGUGUGCUAAAAGAAAAAGGUGUGUUUUAAGUUUUUUAAAAGAUUUGAGAUCUAAUUGUUUCCGGUCUCAGUUUCUUGAGGGCAUUGAUUUGGAACUCUAAUGUGAUUCGUUGCAGUAACGCAGGUUGAGUAAAUAGCAUCAGUUUCUUUUAUUGAAGACUCAGGUAUUUUAGGUCUCAUUUUUUAGGUCUGUGUGACUGUUUCCUGGAAGAAUACUUCAGUCCCCUACUUAUUAAAUAAAACUAAAUUACCAAA